GAACGUGCCGGGCCGCGAUGGCUGAGUUUGGCCAGGUCCUGGCAGAAAUUGGUGACUUCGGUCGCUUCCAGAUCCGGCUGCUGGUUCUGCUUGCUAUCCCCAACUUGCUGACGGCCUUCUACAUGUUCGGCCAGGUCUUCAUGGUCCUGGACGAGGCCCACCACUGUUCUGUGUCCUGGGUCAAGAACCAGACUCUCAACCUGAGUGCCACGGAGCAACUGGACCUGAGCAUCCCCCUCAGUGAUAACGGCCACCCCGAGUCCUGCCUCAUGUUCCGGCCACCCCCCGACAACGCCAGCCUGGAAGACAUCCUCGGCCAUCGCUUCAAUGAGACCCAACCCUGCGAGGAGGGUUGGGACUACCCUGAAGCCAGGGCCCCCUCCCUGCUGAAUGAGUUUGACCUCGUGUGUCACCGGAAGAUUCUGAAGGAGACCUCGCAGUCUGUGUUCAUGGCUGGCCUUCUCUUCGGGGCCCUCAUCUUUGGGCCCCUCUGCGACUGGAUCGGCCGCAAGGCCGCAAUUCUGCUACAGCUGCUCCUCUUUGCCCUCGUGGGCCUGUCCACGGCCUUUGUGCCCAACUUUGAGGUCUACAUGGUCAUGCGCUUUGCUGUGGCCACUGCCGUGUCGGGCUACACCUUCAGCAACGUGGCCCUACUUUCAGAGUGGGUGGGGCCCCAGAGGAGGACGCAGGCCGUGGUCCUGGCCCAGUGCGCCUUCUCCGUGGGACAGAUGAUCCUGGCGGGACUGGCCUACGGCGUUCGCAACUGGAGGAUCUUCCAGAUGGCCGGCACGGCACCCGUCCUGUUGCUCUGCUUCUACUUCUGGGUUCUUCCUGAAUCUGCCCGCUGGCUCCUCGCCCGGGGGAGGGUGGAGGAAGCCAAGCGAGUGAUCCAGAAGGCAGCCGCCAUCAACAGGCGCAAAAUCUCCCCUGAGCUCCUGGACCAGCUGGUCCCGGAGAAGACAGGCCCCCGGGGGAACGCCCUGGAUCUGUUCCGACACCCCCAGCUCCGCAAGAUCACCCUCAUUCUCUUCUGCGUCUGGUUUGUGGACAGUCUGGGGUACUUUGGGCUGGGUCUCCAAGUGGGGGACUUUGGCCUGGACAUCUACCUGACGCAGCUCAUCUUCGGGACAGUAGAAGUGCCCGCACGUUACUCCAGCAUCUUCUUGAUGCAGUGGCUGGGCCGCAGGUGGAGCCAGCUGGGGACUCUGGUCCUCGGGGGCCUCAUGUCCAUCAUCAUCAUCUUUAUCCCAGCAGAUCUGCCCGUGGUGGUCACUGUUCUGGCCGUGGUGGGGAAGUUUGCCACAGCCGCCGGCUUCACCAUCUCCUACGUGUACUCUGCAGAGCUCUUCCCCACCAUCCUCAGGCAGACCGGCAUGGGACUGGUGGGGGUCUUCUCGAGGAUCGGGGGCAUCAUCACCCCACUCGUGAUCCUGCUGGCUGACGUCCACGUGGCCCUCCCGAAGCUGCUCUACGGUGGCCUCCCCAUCGGGGUGGGCUUGCUGUGCAUCCUGCUGCCCGAGACGCGCGGCCAGGCUCUGAAGGACACCAUCGCUGACAUGGUGGAGCAUCCCCCGGCAGGGUCUGCGACCUCAGAGAAGGAGGCAUCGACCAGCCCCCCCAGCCCUGGAGGGGACUUCGUGAGCAGCACAUAUUUCUGAUUUUGGGGCCAUACUUGCUGUGCUCAGGACUUACUCCUUGUGCUCAGGAAUCACUCCUUGAAGUUCUUGGCUUGGAAGACCACCCAGGAUGCCAAGGAUCGAACCCGGGUCAGCAUGUGUGCAUGGCCAGCACCUUAUCCACUGUGCUGUUGCUCCAGCCCCUUCUCUGUAUGUUUUAAAAAGCUGCCAGGAGGAGCAGUGGCUUUGCAUUCAGGGGGCCCAGGUUUAACCCCCCACACCGCAUGAACACCUUAGGACUCCCCAGAGGAGGAUAAUCAAAGUGACCCCCCAGACCAGGAUAAUCAAAGUGCCCUGAGGGGACCUGAGUGAGCACUGCCAGGAGUAAUCCCAAACUCGGAGCCAGGAGUGUGACCCAGCCUUCUGUCCCCCUCCAAUAAUCCUACUAAUAAAAGUGCGCU